AUGCGGGAUCCGCCGGUAAUACAUUUUUCUGAUGUCCUCGCUUCCCCCUCCCAUCGCCCUCGCUUUCCCCUCCCUUCGCCCUCGCUUUCCCCUCCCGUCGCCCUCGCUUUCCCCUCCCUUCGCCCUCGCUUUCCCCUCCCACCGCCCUCUAUUCCCCCUCCCAUCGCCCUCGCUUCCCCCUCCCACCGCCCUCUAUUCCCCCUCCCAUCGCCCUCGCUUUCCCCCUCCCGUCGUCCCCGCUUCCCCCUCCCAUCGCCCUGCUCAUUCUCCCGUCGCCCUCUCUUCCCGCCUCACCCUGUUUCCCUGCUCAUUCUCUUCCCCCUGGCUCACUCUGUCUGUCUCCCCUGCUCAUUCUCUUCCCCUGCUCAUUCUCUUUCCCUGCUCAUUCUCUUUCCCUACUCAUUCUCUUUCCCUGCUCAUUCUCUUUCCCUGCUCAUUCUCUUUCCCUGCUCGUUCUCUUCCCAUGCUCAUUCUCUUUCCCUGCUCAUUCUCUUUCCUUACUCAUUCUCUUUCCCUGCUCAUUCUCUUUCCCUGCUCAUUCUCUUUCCAUGCUCAUUCUCUUCCCCACCUCAUUCUCUUUCCCUGCUCAUUCUCUUUCCAUGCUCAUUCUCUUCCCCACCUCAUUCUCUUUCCUUGCUCAUUCUCUUUCCCUGCUCAUUCUCUUUCCCUGCUCAUUCUCUUCCCCUGCUCAUUCUCUUCCCCACCUCAUUCUCUUUCCCUGCUCAUUCUCUUUCCUUGCUCAUUCUCUUUCCCUUCUCAUUCUCUUCCCCUGCUCAUUCUCUUCCCCACCUCAUUCUCUUUCCCUGCUCAUUCUCUUUCCUUGCUCAUUCUAUUUCCCUGCUCAUUCUCUUUCCUUGCUCAUUCUAUUUCCCUGCUCAUUCUCUUUCCCUGCUCAGUCUCUUUCCCUGUUCAUUCUCUUCCCCCGGCUCAUUCUCUUCCCCGUCUCCCCCCCAAUCCCCCACCCACUCUUCCUCCAGUUGCUGGUUCCUCUGCACCGAUGCUCCCCUUUUCCCCACUCCCACCAUCCCCUUUCCACCCCCGCCUCCCCCUUUACCUUCUCCUGCAGUCGCUGGUUCACUUGCGCCAUCUGUGAGUGUGGGGCAGCAGCAUCACCAACGCCUCUGCCUCGUUGCUCCUCGCCUUCCCCCACCUGCACUCCGCCAACCUCUCCCUCCGCCUCAUCUCCUUCCUUCUCUCUCCUCACUUCUCUCAACCGCACUCUACCCCCCCUACACGCCCUCACAACCCGCCUUGCGAGCUGAAGUGGUGACAAGCAGCAGCAACACCCUCACACACCUUGAUCUCUCCGGCUCACUCUGUCUCCCCUGCCCAUUCUCUUUCCUCCUGCUCACUCUGUCUCCCCUGCCCAUUCUCUUUCCUCCUGCUCACUCUGUCUCCCCUGCCCAUUCUCUCCGCGCAGGGUACAGGACCCAGCACCAUGGCCCAGGGUUUGUUGCAUGCAGUGUAGCAGCCACGAGCGGCCCAAAAGCAUGA